UUGACAAAAGUUUGCACUUUCCACGACGCCACACCACAACCACCCCCGGGGUUGUUUGCCUCUUGGGUCUUGGCAGCAGCAGGUAGGCACGCCGCCGGCACGAAGGCCAUGGCGGCCGCGCCCCGGCUCAUCACGAUGACGCUCCUGGCCGUGUCAGCCUUAUUGUCCCGACCGGCGGCGGCGGAGCUCGUCGAGCUCACCCUCCUCGCAAACGCUCGGGAGAAGGGCGCGGUCUGCUUGGAUGGCAGCCCGCCGGCUUACCAGCUCCGGAGAGGCUUCGGCUCUGGAUCACGCAGCUGGCUCGUCAAUCUUGAGGGAGGAGCAUGGUGCAACACCGCAGAAGAUUGCUCCAGCCGCAGCCUGACCGACCUUGGUUCGUCUAAGUUCAUGAAACCAAUAGAGUUUGAAGGGAUCCUCAGCAACAAUUGCUCGGAAAAUCCCUAUUUCUACAACUGGAAUAUAGUUGACAUAAGGUACUGCGAUGGGGGAUCAUUUGCUGGGGAUGCAGAGGGCGAAGAUCGGAACGGAACCAAACUUUUCUACAGAGGAUUGCGCAUCUGGGAAGCAGUCGUUGACGAACUCAUGGGAAAAGGAAUGGACACUGCUAAACAGGUCUUGCUUGCAGGUUGUUCUGCUGGGGGUCUUGCUGCACUACUGCACUGCGAUAAUUUUCGUGCACGUUUCCAUCCGGAUGUUCCAGUAAAAUGCCUUUCGGAUGCUGGAUUCUUUAUUGAUGUAAAGGAUUUAUCAGGCCAAAGGUUUAUGCGGUCCAUCUUCAGUGGAGUUGUUCACCUUCAGAAUGUGAGAAAAGUUUUGCCCAAGGACUGUCUUGCAAAGAAGGACCCAACAGAGUGUUUCUUUCCUCCUGAGCUUAUUAAGAGCAUCAGCACCCCGUCAUUUAUUCGGAACUCUGGUUAUGAUUCGUAUCAGGUAGGAAAUGUUGUGGCGCCAGGCGGAUCUGAUCCGGGACAAUCAUGGGCUAUCUGCAAAGCUGAUAUUCGAAACUGUACUUCCACACAAAUUGAGGCACUGAAUGGAUUCCGGGAGAAAAUGGUUGAGGAUUUGAAGGUUGCUCAAGAGAAGAAGGGCUGGGGGUUGUUCAUCGAUUCGUGCUUCAACCACUGCCAAACGCCAUUCAGAAUCACAUGGCAGUCCCCGAUCUCCCUGAGACUUGGUAACAAGACGAUCGCUGAAGCUGUUGCGAAUUGGUAUGUCAGUAAAUACCAUGGAGUGAAGGAGAUUGACUGCGGGUAUCCAUGCAUCAACCCCACCUGUAGCAGUCAGCUCGACCUGUAAUAAUGAGUGAUCUUCGCUAUUCCAAAUCAGAAAUGAUACAGAAAAGGCCAAAUCCAAAAGAGAUAGGGUUCUAUGAAUUUCUCAGAUAUCACAGCAGCCACCUGUGGUCAUGUGUAAA